UUGCAGACCCCGGACCGCCUGACCGAGGACGCCAUGGCGCACGACGUGGCCACCACGCUGCGCAGCGAGCUGGCCGCCCUGCAGUACAAGCGGGACCGGCUGCUGGCCGAGCUGCAAGACAUGAAGGGGCAGCUGCGGUGCCGCGAGCAGCGCGCCCUGGAGCUGCAGGUGGAGUCGGACCAGCUGCGCGAGCAGGCGGCGCGGCAGAGCUCCGUGAUCGCCUCGCUGCGGAAGCGCGUGCAGGAGCUGGAGGAGCGCGAGCGCUCGGCGUCCUGCUCGCUGGGCCGGUCCGAGCUGGCCGUGCAGACGCUGCAGCGCGAGUCGCGCCAGGCGUCGGAACGCGUGUCGGAACUCGAGGCCAAGCUGCGCCGCCUGGAGCUCGAGUGCCACGAGGAGGAGGGCCUCAAGGACGCGGCCAGGACCGCGCUGUCCGACCUGGUGCGCCGCCUGGCCACCGCCCUGGGCGCCGAGCUGGUGGACGCCAGCCCCGAGGUGCUGCUCGUGCGGGCGGCCGAGCUGGUGCAGGAGGCGGGCCGCCUGCGCACUCGCGCCGGCAACAUGUGCGAGUCGCUGCAGAGCGCCGAGCAGGAGCUGCGCAACUGCAGGGAGGCGCUGCAGCGGCAGCAGGCCGCGCACAUGUGCGAGAUGGACCGGGUCAAGCAGGACAAGGAGGCCGUGGAGAUGGCGCACCGCUGCACGGAGCGCGAGCUGUCCGAGGUCCGGGAAAAGCUGGCCGUCACCAGCCGGUCGCUGGGCGCGUGCACCACCAGCUGCGCGCAACAAGAGUCAGCGAUCUGCUCUCUGAGAGAGGAGGUGAAGAUCCGGGAGGAGAAGUGGAUGCGUCUGCAGAACGAGCUGCGCCACCUGCUUGAGUCCCUCGCCAUCAUGGUCAGCUCUCCCAGCCGCUUCGUCGAGUCCACCGAGGGGUGCAUCAAGGAGCGCAUCCGAGAGAUCCUCUCAGACAACAAGGAUCUCGUGGUGCAAAUGGACACGCUGCGGGACAAGGCCUGCGGACUGCAGCAACAGCUCGGCCGGCAGUCGGAGAUCGCAGAGUCAGCGUCGUGCCGCGCGCGCGUCCUGGAAGAGGACAAGGCCAUCCUGGAGUCCAGGCUGCACAAGGUGGAGAGCGACCUGACGGCGUGCGACGUGGCGCGGGAGGCCCUGCGCAGGGACAAGUGCACGUUCAUGGAGUUCCUGGACCGGCUGGGCCGAGCGCUCAACAUGGAGGAGGUGUCUAAGGACAUCGGCGUCGACAUGCACACCGAGGCGCUGUUGGUGCGCGCCGACCAGCUCGCCCGCCUGGAGAGCGACAAGAUGGUGGACAAGCUGCUGCUGAGCGGGAUGACCCUGCCCAGACUGCGGCGGCCGCGCUCGCCCAGGGAGCUCCCCGGCAAGGAAACGGCCGCGGUGUACCAGCUGCAGCGGCGCGUGCGCACCCUGCGGGAGCAGCUGCAGCGGCGCGACCUGCACCUCGACCUGCUCCGGCGCAAGCUGGCCCUGCAGGUGGACAGCUGCCGCGCUCGAGCCGUGGUCGAGUCGGAGCGCGACGAAAUCAGUCUCAGAGCCAAGAAGCUGCAAAAGAAGGUAGACUGCCUGCAGCUGCAGCUGGCCGAGGCGCGGACGCUCAACAGGGACCUCAAGGCGCAGCUGGCCGAUGCAGCCGACUGCAAGAUCACGGCUCUGGAGCGCGCGAGGAGGAUCGAGGAGCUGCAGAAGCGGCUGAUGGACGCCGAGGUGGUGCGGACCCAGUACAACAGGAAGGUCAACAUCCUCAAGGACCAAGUGCGAGCGACGGCGCAGUCGGCCAACCAGGAGAGGUCCCUGGGCGAGCACGCCGCGCACCUGCUGAGGGAGGACCUCACCUCGAGCAAGGCGGCGCUGUCGGAGGCGGCGCGCAAGGAGACGCAGCUGCUGAGCUUCCGCUCGUCCGUGUGCAAGCUCCUCGGCGUGGACCUGCCCGCCUCCGACUACGAGAUCCUGGCGCGGCUGCAGAAGCUGAUCGCCGCGCACCGCGACUUCACGCUCGUGUCGCGUCGCUGGGACCACAACGAGCCCCUGCCCCUGGCCGUGCCGUGCGCCGUGCCCUGUACGCCGCCGCCACCGGUCCGGCCGCUCUCCCCGCACCGGCCGCUGUCGGCGCGCUGCCUCCUCGCCGACGACCUCACCGCCGAACUCAACUCGGUGCUGGACGACAUCGACGACAUCAACGGCAUCUACAACAAGCGGCCGCACCGGCUGGCAUCCUGAAGAGCAAGAACCAGCCGGACCUGUCCAACGGAGCACAUUGUUCACCAGCAAACGACUGUCAUUUCGAGUGGGAGUUUUAUAAAUACUGUAUAGAUGUUAGAGUUCUUUUUGCUCCAGCGAGUUUUAUUACACAAGACCCAUUUAAUUUUCACAUUUAUCUAUAAUACUUGCAAAUCAACUGACAUUUACAGAAACAACGCCAAAUUCAAUUUCAAA